AUGGAACAAACUCCAGUAUUUACAUGUCAGCGUUGUAAACAUACCCUAAGAAUUGACGACACACUCACCGAUCUUGGCUCAACCUCAAUUGAUAUCUUACUAGCACCACUUUCUGAAGAGGUCGUUCGUUCAUCGACAACAGACCGACGUUCUGAAACUGCAGAAAUUAAUGGAAGCUCUAAGCAAACGAUUUCUAAUAACAACCAGAAUGGGAUUUCUGUACCAAAUAAACGAUCAGGAUCAAAGAAUUUUGAAUUAUCUCGAUCUCCGAGCAGGGAGAUUAGCACUAAAGAAUCCUUCUUGUUACCAUCAGAGUCCUAUGUAAUGUUAUCUCGUUCGCAAGUGACACAGCCUCUGAACAACCAAGUAUCAUCGGAGCAUGGUACCAUAGACGCGAACAAUGAUGACAGGCAAAGAGCUAGUCUUAGUUAUAGACUUAAAGUCACCAACC